GCAGAAAUUAGUUCUGAGAUUAUUCAACAUACCUUUCGCAAAUGCUCUAUUUCUAAUACCAUAGAUAGUUCAGAGGAUAAUGAAAUAUGCCAUGAUGAAGUCUUUGAUAAUAGAACUCACCAAACCUCUGAUGAAAUUUGCUGUGAUGAAAUUUGCUAUAAUGAAGUUUCUAGUGAAAAUAUUAUCAUUAUCGAUUCUAGUGAAGAUGAAGAUAGUAAUACUAAUCAGGAUGUUUUUGUUGAAGAAGACGAUGAA